ACUGUGAGUGGUGGAAUGUUAGUUUUACCAAGAGCCACUGCUCAAUCAACAUUACUUCAAGUCAAAUGAAUCUUGUAUUUACGCGUCUGUCAGUGAAGCGUAUUAAUUUUAAAAGAAUACCAGAACUCUCAUCCGUAUUAUAUCCCUAGUUCCGGGAUUAAUUACAAUUUUCUUUUAUUUUCAUUUGUUCAUUCGAGAGCGGAAACCCCGUGAGUGGGAAAUAGUCAGAAACGGAAGGGAAUUUAAUUAAUCUCCACGUGCAUUCCGCAUCGUCAACAAGUUGUCGGCGUAUGGUUUGAAUGAUUCCGAGGGAUUCGUACAUUUACUCGAGUAUUUGUUUUGAUUCAAUCCUCCUCAGUGAUCAAGGGAAGAGAGUUAAUUUACAUGUAAUUGGAUAUUCUUGUUGUAAUUGCGUCACUUUCGUGGAGUGGGUAAUUUCAUUUGUAAUGGCAUACUCUGAUAAGAUUAAUAUCAUUAUCAUCGUUUGGUAAUUGAUUUGAGGGAAGAGUUUGGAAUUGUCACCUGUUGAUUUGCGAUCCUCUCGAGUCUAGUUUUGGCAUCGGGUUAUCGUUUUAUUUCAGAACAUUUCAUUGAACAUUCAGAAGUCUCGAUUAAUUAUUGUUAUUUGCGGUUUUAAUGAGAACUGAUAUUCGUAGAAUCAAUACCUGGUUAAUGGGAUUUUAGAUUCGCGGAGAGGAGUGGGAUAGAUUUUAUCGUUAUCAGUUUAUUUACAAGCGAUUUUAAUCUUUUGGGUGUAGUGAGUUGCUGGUUUCCCCUGCAUCCAGGGAAAUCGUAAUUUUUUUGGUGAAUCAGGACGAUUCGGGCGAUGGGGAGUGAUGAUAAAUUUGGAUUUGCUAUUGAUCGUGGGGGUACUUUCACUGAUGUUUUCGCGAGGUGUCCGGGGGGGAGGGUGAGAGUCAUGAAAUUAUUAUCUGUCGAUCCUGAUAAUUACGAUGAUGCACCUCGUGAAGGGAUUCGCAGGAUUUUGGAGCAGGAGACUGGACGUGUCAUAGGCGAUGUAAUUGAUACAUCUGAAAUUAGUUGGAUCCGAAUGGGUACGACAGUAGCUACUAACGCCCUUUUGGAGCGAAAGGGUGCAAAAAUGGCUCUCCUCAUCAACGAAGGUUUCAAGGACCUCCUCUACAUAGGAAAUCAAGCCCGUCCUAAUAUCUUCGACUUGGAGAUUAUUACACCCAGUGUUUUGUACUCAAAAGUCAUUGAAGUUAAGUGCAGAGUUGUGCCAGCACUUCCUGGUAAAUGCUCCCUAGAUCACGACUCCUGGAGAAAAGUGAAAGGCUCAACGGGUGAGGAUUUAUUUGUUACUCAAGAACUUGAUGAGGAGGCUUUAAUGAGGGACCUCAAACACCUUAAGGACGAUGGAAUCGAAAGUCUAGCUGUUGUUUUGGCUCACAGUUAUUCGUUUGGUGAGCAUGAGCGCAGAGUGGGAGAAUUGGCGAAAAGUUUUGAUUUCGUUCAUGUUUCUCUGUCUCAUCAAGUUAUGCCAAUGACUAGGAUCGUCCCCAGGGGAUUUACUGCAUCAGCAGAUGCUUAUUUAACGCCUCACAUUCAGAAUUAUCUGCAUAGUUUCGCAUCAGGAUUUAAGAACAAUCUCGAGGGAAUAAACGUGCUGUUCAUGCAGAGCGAUGGUGGCUUGACGCCAAUGAAUUCAUUCAACGGUUCACGAGCUAUUCUCUCAGGACCUGCGGGUGGUGUAGUUGGAUAUGCAAUGACCACUUAUCAUAAGGAAACCAUAUUGCCUAUCAUUGGAUUUGACAUGGGUGGUACAUCCACUGAUGUAAGUCGUUACAGUGGAAGUUACGAGCACGUUUACGAGAGCACAACUGCUGGUGUUACGAUUCAAGCACCACAGCUCGAUGUGAAUACUGUGGCGGCUGGUGGUGGAUCCAUGUUGUUCUUUCGAUCUGGAAUAUUUCAGGUUGGACCGGAGAGUGCUGGUGCUCAUCCAGGUCCUGCUUGUUAUAAAAAAGGUGGACCACUAGCUGUGACUGAUGCUAAUCUCGCUCUUGGUCGAUUACUCCCGGAAUAUUUCCCCAAGAUUUUUGGACCCAAGGAGGAUGAACCCCUUGAUAAAUCUGCUACCCUAAAAUCAUUUCAAGAGUUGACACAUUCUAUUCAAGUUGAAUAUUACUUGCAUCUAAGAUACGAGGGAACAGACUGCGCCUUAAUGUGCGUUCCUCUUCUCUCGGAGGUAAAAAAAUUGGAAGACAUUCCCGUGCAUGGAGAUUUUUUGAGUAACUUUCUAGAGAGAUAUCAAACAGAAUUUGGAUUCACAAUGCCGAGUAGAAAAAUUUUGGUAAAUGACGUGAGAGUUCGGGGGAUUGGAAAAUCGGGAAUUCCGGAUGAAGUGGAAUUGUCUCGAUCAACAGAUCCCCCUAAAUCAGAGAAAGCAGUAAAAAUUUAUUUUGAGGGAGGCUAUCAUACUGCGAAUGUAUACCAGAUGCAUGCAUUAUCACAUGGUCAUGUAAUCAAGGGUCCAGCCAUUAUCAUCGACAAUCUCAGUACAAUACUGAUAGAGCCUAAUUGCACAGGAGUAAUAACAUCUCGGGGGGACAUUCGCAUCACCAUUGGCGAAGGUUUACGAGAUAAUGUUACGACCGAACUCGAUGCCAUUCAUUUGAGCAUUUUUUCUCAUAGAUUUAUGAGUAUUGCUGAACAAAUGGGAAGGGUUCUUCAGCGUACGUCGAUAUCUACUAAUAUAAAAGAACGUCUAGACUUUUCUUGCGCAGUGUUUGGACCAGAUGGUGGUCUAGUUUCAAAUGCACCUCACAUACCGGUUCAUUUGGGCGCAAUGCAGGAGACUGUUCAGUAUCAGAUGAAAGCAUUCAAUGGUAGGUUCACAAGGGGUGAUGUAAUCCUGGCUAAUCACCCCUCUGCUGGUGGAUCACACCUUCCGGAUCUAACAGUCAUCACCCCGGUCUUUCAUGGGGAAAUGGAGAAGCCAGUAUUUUUUGUCGCGAGUAGAGGACAUCAUGCAGAUAUUGGGGGCAUCACCCCAGGCUCAAUGCCACCCCAUUCGACUACGUUAAUGCAGGAAGGUGCAACCUUCAAGAGUUUUCUUCUAGUCCAUAAGGGUGUAUUUCGAGAGAAGGAAGUGACCGAAGCACUCAUGUCACCGGGCAAACAUCACGGCUGCUCCGGUACUCGCAAUUUACCGGACAAUCUCAGUGAUCUUAAAGCUCAGAUUGCUGCUAAUCAUAAGGGCACGCAGCUGGUAAACGAGCUCAUCGACAUUUAUGGUUUGGACGUUGUCCAAGCAUAUAUGGGUCAUAUACAGAGCAAUGCAGAGAUGGCGGUGAGGGAGAUGCUGACGACUGUUGGAGAAAAGCUCCUGAGAAAAACAGGAAGUUGUUGCGUUACUGCCAGGGAUUAUCUGGACGAUGGCAGUGUUAUUCAACUGAGUUUGGAGGUUGAUGUGGAUAAAGGAGAGGCUGUAUGUGAUUUCACGGGUACUGGAUAUGAAGUGUGGGGGAAUUGUAAUGCACCGCGCGCUGUUACGUUAUCAGCAAUAAUUUAUUGCUUGAGGUGUAUCGUUGGGCGGGAUGUGCCGCUGAAUCAGGGAUGUUUGAAGCCCGUGAAGAUAAUAAUACCGAAGGGGAGUUUACUGGACCCAUCCGACGAGGCCGCUGUUGUUGGGGGAAAUGUUUUGACUUCACAAAGGGUUGUUGACGUGGUACUUGCGGCUUUUGGAGCUUGUGCAGCGUCUCAGGGAUGCAUGAACAAUGUGACUUUUGGAACAGAGUGCUGGGGUUACUACGAGACUGUUGCAGGGGGUAGUGGUGCGGGUCCAACGUGGAAUGGUCGUGGAGGAAUCCAUACCCACAUGACCAACACUCGAAUAACAGACCCUGAAAUUCUGGAAUUGCGCUAUCCGGUGAUACUGAGACGAUUUUGCCUCCGGGCAAACAGCGGUGGUGAUGGUGCUUUCAGAGGCGGUGAUGGAGUCAUUCGUGAAAUGACAUUCAGAUCACUCAUGACUCUGUCUGUGUUAACAGAACGCAGGUCACACCCUCCACCGGGAAUGGCGGGUGGUUAUCCAGGUGUUUGCGGUAGAAAUACACUGAUAAGAGCCGAUAACAGACGAAUAAAUCUCGGACCUAAAACCGCCGUACCAGUUUAUCCAGGGUUGUAUUGUGUCGGUAAAAAUGUUAUUUUGUUACAAUAUAUUUGUUCUCUGUUGAAUUACAUAAAUCAUAUACACCCGAACAAAAAUUGAUGUCAUUAAAAAAAAAAUUCCCUCAAACUCGAUAUUUUCCCGGCGUGCGCUGAGAAAAAAAUGUUCAGUCAAGUAUGGUGUACUAUACUUAAAUAUAAUAUUAUAUUAAACAAUUAUUCUUGCCGGUGUAGGACCUAUGCUUUCCAUGAAUAUUUGGGUAUUAAAUUACAUCGUUCGAUACUGCUAUCAUUACUUGGAUCAUUUGAUCAAAAAUUUAUUUG